CCCGGCCAUGACUUCACCCGUCCAGUCCUCCCUCCAGCUCUACCUGUUGUCCUUCAACUGCGCCCGCAACCUGAUCGACCCCCACCGCCUCGCCCGCCACCUGUUCGACGCCUUGCCACUCCGCCAUGAUGGCCCCGGAGCCUCGUCCGCCGACCCUCUGCCCGACGUCAUCGUCGUAUCGCUGCAGGAGCUGGCCGGCAUCGCCCCUGCAUUCCUGGCCGGGUCCCUUCUGGCUCCUUACUUUGACCGCUUCGUUGCCGCCCUGCGCUUUGCCGCCCCUGAUGUCUACCGCCAUGUCCUGCACAAGAGCCUGGGAAUGACGGCCAUUAUGCUCUUCGCCAAGCCGCACGUCGCUGACCGCAUCGUCUCGAUCGAGACGGCCGGCGUGGGCCUCGGCUUCUGGGAAAUGGGCAACAAGGGCGCCGUGGCCGUGCGCAUCGGCCUCGCCUCGCCGCAACAACAGCAGCAGAACCCGGCCGCCGCGGACGAGGUGCUCGAGCUCACGUUUGUCGCCGCGCACCUGGCACCCAUGGAGUACGGCGUGGCACGGCGCAACGACGACUGGGCCAACAUCGUGCGGCGGCUGGUCUUCGAACCAGAGGGCGGCGGAAAAGGCGCGAUCCCGGCUGCCGCUGCAGCAGAUAGCGAGCAGGACCAGGACCAGGAGCGGGAGCAGCGGGACGACGGCGCAGGGCAGGCGCUCCUGCCCCAAUCUCCCACGCCGCAACAAGGCCUCUACACGCCCAACGCGCACGUUUUCUUCUUCGGCGACCUCAACUACCGCACCAGCGACACACCACCGCAACCCAUCGACACGCUGACCCGGUUCCCGCGCCCCGGCGACCCGUACGCUGCCCUCCUGGCGACGGACCAGCUGCAGCGCGAGCGCCGCGCCGGCCGCGCCUUGCACGGCUUCGAAGAGGCGAACAUUGAUUUCCCGCCUACGUACAAGUACGCCUUCCACCCCCCGCGAGCGUGGGCGCCCCAUCGCUGGCCCAGCUGGUGCGACCGCAUCCUCUUCCUGCCUGCGAGCGGACUCUCGCCGCAACGCUACGACGCGCUUCCCCUGCUGCCGAGCUCGGAUCACCAGCCCGUGGCGCUGGCGGUGGAGGUGGCGUGGAAGGCGCUCGAGGGCGAGCGCAGAGCAGAGACGGGUAGAGAGGGCGAAGCAGACACAGCAUCACCAUCAUCACCACCACUAAACACGCCCUCGGCACGCGACGCGCCCUUCCCACUCGACCCCUCAUGGCGGUCUCGGCGGCGCGCGGCCCGCUCCCGCGAGCUCGUUGUCGGUGUGCUGGCGGCUGCGGUGUUGACGUGGCAGGGACGCAUGGCGCUGCUGGCGUUGGUGCUGGCGGUUUGGUUUGCGGGUGUGGGUGUUGGUGGGGGUGGGAGGUAAGAAGGUAAGUAGGUAAGCAGGCGGGUAGGAUGGUGUAUUGUGGUGUGUUGGGUAGUAGAGUAGACAUACCUAUAGACAGACGGACAGACGGACAGACAGACAGACAGACAGGAAAGCAUGCGACGCGACACCACGACGCGAUGGACUUGUGCAGUGCGCGUGUGCGUGUGUGCGUGCAUGCUGCUCUGCUCUUGUAAAAACUGCCUCUUAUACCUACCUAGGUAGGUAGCUAGUCCUCAUAACAACGCCACCA